CAGCCCAUUCAUUUUCUUUCUCUGUUAUUAAACAGGAAAUGGAGGGACAGCCUGUGCCAAAUGACUUCAAGGUCAACGUGAAGCUGAAUACCACCCCAGGGGAAGAUCUGAUUAAGAUCCUGGAGGACAUGAGGCAAGAAUACGAGUUUAUGAUAAAGAAGAAGCAUCGAGACUUGGAUGCUUGGUAUAAAGAGCAGUCAGCAGCCAUUGCCCAGGAGACCGCCGGUCCAACCGCUGUGCAGACCAACCAGGGCAACAUCCAUGAGCUGAAGCGCACUUUCCAGGCCCUGGAGAUUGACCUGCAGGCGCAGUGCAACAGGGUGAGUCUGAGCUAGGACCAUCCUGAGUCA